CGAUUCACAUUGGUCACGUGACUUGAAUUUUUUUUAUUUUACUUUGUUGAUAUGUUUCCAGUAAAUAUGGAAUGAUUUAACGAUUAAUAAAAACUUAUUGAAGCUAAAACCGAUGUUUUAUGAAAUAAUGUAUAAUUAUUUCUCAUUUUGAAAUGGUGUUAAUUCGCAAUGAUCUGUAAUCGAGACAAAACUUGACGAUUCUUGGUCGUGUUUAGGGGAACUGGAGUAAAAAACAAAGAUGGCGGGUAGAAAUAUGAAGCCAAAUACGGGUGGAUUCGAUUCCCCUGAUAAAGUGAAUUCUAAUACGUUGAAGCGUCAUCCUAAGAUGGACCUGUCAAGGAAUGAUCUUUUACAGUUGCUAAGUUAUCUUGAAGGGGAACUUCAAGCUAGAGAUAUUGCCAUAGCAACACUUAAGGCUGAAAAAGCGAAGCAGCUUUUAUACCAGGCAAAAUAUGGUAGAUUUGGACUCGGCGAUCCGUUCUCAGCAAUGCAGCGGGACUCAGAUAACAUGAAGGACAACACGUUUGAUGAGUCAGCAAUAAAGUCAAUGUACGAUAACCAGUUAGCUCAGCUUGAAAACUUGAUUGCUACCCAGAGAAAGGCACAGAUGAAGAUGAGAGAGCAGAUGAUAAUUGGAGAAAAGCGAUAUCAUAAGGUUCACAGUGAGUUGGAGGAUGAAAAACGUAAACAUGCUCAAGAUACAGCUCAGGGCGAUGAUGUCACAUACAUGCUAGAAAAAGAGAGGGAAAGAUUAACUAAAGAGAUUGACUUUGAAAAGGCAAAUCAAAAGAAAAUGGAAAAGGAUAUGAAGAAAACAUUAGCAAGUCUAGAGGAUGAAAGAGCAAGUUCAGCUAAACAUAAACAAGUUGCCCUCAUGCUUAUAAAAGAGCGUAAAAAACUUGUAGAGAAACUAAUGCAGGAAAAGUUUCGUGCUGAUCAAGCUGAGAGAAUUCUGCAGGAAGAAAGAAAUAAAUCCAUGAACAUGGCAGAGGGUCUUGUACAGGAAAGUAAAAAAUCAUUAAAAAUGGAAGCUACGAUGGAACGUCAAGCGAGCGAAUUUGAUUUAGAACGAGAACAAUUAAAGAAUAAGUUACAGCGUGAAGAGAAUCGUAAUAAAGAUUUUCAAGUUCAAAUUGAUUCAUUAACAUGGCAAUUAGAAAAUUUGCAAAAGCAAUUACCUGGGAAGUAUCAGCAAAAAGAAGCUGUGCAUAGUGUUGAGAUUAAAUCUAAUGUAUCUGCUCCACAGAAUAGGUUAUCUAGUGAGAGAACAUGGCCUGCAGUGACAGUCACAGGGAAAGGUGGUACUGGUAUAGUAGAAAGGGAAGCUGGUCUUUCACCUAGAACUAGUUCUUCAGAAUUAAAUGUUCGUAAACGUGAUAAUAUUAGGUAUGCAAGUCCUCCUGCAAUGUCUGUAGACAGAGGGCAUAUCCACUACACAGACAAUAUAGAACAGCGUGUAGCUCCAGUAGGUGCCGUUUCAGAAAAUAAAUUAUUGUUGGAUACACACGGCGUCCAGAAGUUAAAUGUUGGUGGACCAGCUGUCGUAAGCAGUGGCGGACGAAUUACUGUUCAGACUGGUAACAUCACACCAACUUCCGGUCAGUUGUCACCAAGGCGAGCUACGAGUGUUGGACGUGGCACCCCUCCUCCGAUACCACCAAACAAACCUGUGUUACCUACAACCACUACCGCAAACAAAACCGUUAUGUCACAAAAGACUGCAACUUUAGUUUCAAAGGAUGGGAGAGCACCAGCCUCAAAACCAGUUCAUAUACCAGUUAGUGUUGUUCAUACAUCAACUGUCACAUCAUCGCCAGGGAGUCGAACACCAAAGCGUGAAGAAUCUCCAUCUACCCUACGUAAACCUGCGCAGUUUACUGAUGACCCUGACCUUAACCUUGCUGAUGACCCCAUCCCAUACAUUUCACAUGGUGCCAGUCAAACCCCGCCCACCUCUGACUCGUUUGAUUUUCUUGGUGAAGAGAUGGCUGACCUUCAGCAACUUUUAGUUUCUAUGGUAACAGUACCUUCAGAUUCGCCUGGAGUGAUUAGUGAAGUUCAGUCAUCAUCUGCAAUAUUAUUGUCAUCAUCAUCAACAUCAUCAAAACCUUAUGUUUCAUCUUCUGAAGAGACACCUAUGACAUCAAUAAUUUCACUAAUGACAUCAUCAAUGGCUUCACCAAUGACAUCAUCGAUGCAUUCAAGUUUGACAUCACCAACAACUUCAAAUAUGACAUCAUCGAUGACUUCAACAAUGGCAUCUCAUAUGACAUCAUCAACAAGUUCUACAAUAGAAUCAUUGAUGACUUCAACUAUGACAUCACAAACGACAUCAUCAAUAACUUCUCCAAUGACAUCAUUGAUGACACCACAAGUUAAAGUGUCUUAUGCACCUUCAGAAUCUUCCAGCUCAAAGCAACAAACUUUUUCAACUUCCUCAUCAGUUUCUUCUGCAGCAACUUCUUUGACAUCACCAUUAACAUUUCCAAUUUCUUCAUCAAAUUUAACAGUAACCUCAGAUAACAGUCCCAUGACAUCGUCAAAGAUACCUAAUCCAUCAAUAGCAUCAUCAAAUUAUAGAUCUGUUUCACAAGCCUCUAAGCUGCCAGUACGAUUAACAAAUGUCACAGUUACAUCUGCAUCACAGUCCAGAACUUCUUCGUUACCAAUAGCAACAGAAGAAGUUAAUGCUGGAAGGAGAUCCUUAGAUACCAUGCAGUUUGCUAAUGUAAAAGCAUCAUUAUCAUCUAGUAAUGCUGGAAGGAGAUCACUGGACAGCGCACAAUUCACUGAUGUUAUGACGGCUUCUACCUUGCCUUCAAAAACACCUUCUCAAACAAAAGAUGUACCAUCUUCUCCAAUACAUAGAUAUGCUGCUAUGGGAAACGUUGAAGCGUUACGUAAACUGAUUGUAGAUUUGGAAGCUGAUGUUAAUUUACCAAUGAAAGAUGGAACAACACCUGCUCAUUGUGCUGCUGAGAAUGGACAAGAAGAAUGCCUGUCCCUGUUAAUCCAGCGUGGUUGUCAUGUGAACAGCCUGAGAGAUGAUCAACAAACACCAGUACAUUGUGCUGCUUCAACGGGACAUGUCGGUUGUUUACGGUUAUUACUAACAAAUGGAGGCAAUCCUAAUCUUGGUGAUCACUCUGGCUGGACUCCUCUACACUGGGCUGCAUUAAGUGGCCAUCUUGAAUGUUGUAGACGUCUUCUCUCACAUGGUGCCUCAAGAUUAGCCUGUACAAAUACAUUUUGGACUCCGUUUCAUAUGGCUGUACAUUCUGGUUUUCCUCAUAUACUUGAAUUAUUACUGACUUUUGAAAUGGAGAAACUUGAAAGUCUAGCAGAGGUCAAAAGGUCAUUGUUUAACAUACUAGACAAGGAUGGAGGUCACCUGGGACAUCUGGCGGCUGGCAAAGAAUCUCAUGAAUGUUUAGCUGGGAUACUAACAUGUUGUGAUAUAGAUCUAGACAGGGGAGAUAAAUGGGGUAGGACAGUAUUAGACGUCAGUUCACCUGCAUGUAGGGCCAUUCUCCUACCUUAUGUAAACAAAGGCAGGUUAAAGAAUGUUAGGGUGGAGUUACAAUGUACAGGACAUCUAUACUCGCAGCAGGAACCUUUUAUAAUUGGUCAUAUCAAUAUUUUACCUAUCAUGACGUGGAAUGACGUAGAUUUAAUUCUUGCCAACUGUGUGGAGACCUAUUUAGAGCAGAUUGAUCAUGGAUUAAGAACGAAGAAAAUCUCACGUUUGGAUCCUGAGAACAAUGUGGAGGAUGGCGACUUUACUCUUGGACUUAAUGCCGAUAGUAUAUGUGGUUAUACAAUAGGAUCUCUAACAUGGAAUAGAUAUGGCCAGUUCCCAAAUAUACCUGUACAACAGGUAGUUGGUAUUCUAGAUCAGCCGUCCAUACUAGUUAACCUUAAAGGUUCAUCAAAUGACAUUGACUCAUUGGCCUUUGACCUUCUACUUCCUGUCUCAGCAAUCAACAACUAUACAAGAUUGCUUGAUCAGUAUAAAAGUGUUGUAUUUUAUGGACCAGAGGGGACGAGGAAGAAACAGCUUGUUAAAAGACUAGCAAGGCAUAUAGCUGAUAAGGAGUAUGCACAAGGUGUGGAAGCAAGAUCGUCUCAAGUCUAUCUUCAUCGAGAUUUCAGACAUAGAGAUUUACUUCGUCUUCUUAACUCAGAAGGUUGUAUUCUGCCAGUGGGUAUGAACAGCGUAAGGACAUGUAUAUUAACAUUGUUUCACCUGGAGAAGGUUCAGCUAGCUGAGAUGUUAGGUAGUCUACUAGAACACAUAGAACAUAGAGGACCGCAAUAUACAUUUACUCUUCCAGGUAUUGGAGAUGUGAAGGAUCUUUACUACUUUCCACAGAAUUUCUAUCUUAUUGCCACAAUGGAUAAACCAAGAUCCACUGGACUUGACCUUGGACUGCAGCAAAGAUUUCGGUGGGUUCAUUUUCGUGUGAAGGUCGAACCGAUAAAAAAUUUACUAGGACGUCAUUUGCUGCGUCGAUUGUUGCACACAUAUGGCGGAAAUUUGCCAUCUGCUGAUGAUAGUGUAUUCAAGGUAGUGGAAUGGUUACUUUGUGUGUGGCAAAGAUUAAACGAUGGUGUGAGCAAACUUGGCCUUCCUGAUGUUGUAUUUGGUCCCGAUAUGUUUAUGCCUUGUCCAGUUGAGUCACAAAAUGCUAAAAUUGUACUAGAUUGGAUGCAGAAGUUAUGGAAUGAGACAAUAUCACCAGCAGUGAAGAGUGCUGUAUUGAAGGGUACUGGUGCUAAAGAUGGUCAGCAGAAAGUGGCUAACACUGCACUAUAUGUACUUAUGCAGAGAGCUAUAGUGCCUGGAUGUCCACUCAAUGGUCAAGAGAAAGAUGAUUAUUUAGCUACAUUCUGUGGUAGCAAUGAGUUAGAUGUUCCACUUAAAAUUGAUAAACAAAGUCCUGUAUCAUCAUCUACUGUCAGUCAGAGAAGGUCACUACAUAAUGGUAACCAUAGAAACAACCUUGACAUAAAUACAUCAAGGUCAAAACAUAGAAAUUCUACAGAUGGCAAUUUUCAGUUUACUAACACUGUAGUGAACAAUAAUAACAACAACAACAAUACAUAUAAACGUCGCAGUCUUUCGGAAGAUUCUCUUAUGCGUACACACCAGAUAGAAAUUCCCGUAAUACACGAUACUCGAAACCAGCAACCGAAUGACAUACAAGCCAAAGUGCCAAAGCUAGAAAUACGCUCCCCAGUUCUAGGCUUAAAUAUCCCUAUACAUGGUGCUUUACCAUCGUCGAGUCGAGCCAGCCCCCUUGGUUCAUUGUCGGUUAAUUCUGGGAGUCAUGGUGCUAGUCAUAGGAGAUCGACUUUUUCUUCGCAUAACCACACUCGUAUUCCUCAGCCAGCAUCCAAACGAUCAAGAUCAUCGGAAAACUUAAGUGCUUCAACGUUACACGGAAAUAACCAGUUCCGACCUACUAGUCCUUUCUCUUUUUCUCUUGCUACGCCUACACCGUCUUUGUUUUCAUUUAAAUUUUACGAUGAUAAAAGUUCUAAAAAAAUUCAGCAGUUUGAUUGUUAACAUUUGGUAACAUUUGAGCCGCGCCAUGACAAAACCGACAUAAUGGGUUUGCGAUCAGCAUGAAUCCAGACCAGCCUGCACUUCCCAAAGUCUGAUCAGGAUCCAUGCUGUUUGCUAUCACUUUCUCUACUUGUUAUAGGGUUUGUAAGCAAACAGCAUGGAUCCUGAUCAGACUGCGCGGAUGUGCAGGCUGGUCUGGAUCCAUGCUGGUCGCAAAACCCAUUAUUUUGGUUUUGUCAUGGCCAGCUCAUUUGUGAACUUUGUAUUUGUCUUUUUUGACAUUCACUGUGUGAAUUUCAUGAUAAAAGUUCUUAAAAAUAUCCAGCAAUUUGAUAAUUAGUAUUUGAGCAUAUUGUGAGUUUUAAAAAUGUGAAUUUAGUAUUUUAAAUUUUUCUAUGAUGUUAAAUAGUGAUUGGCGAGUGAAGUUCAUUUUACUGAUUUUACUGUUAUAUUUUGGAAUGUUUUAAUAAGAUUGCCUUUGCAUGAUCUUGUGUAUAUGUGUAUGUCAAAUUUCUGAACUAUGAAAUUCUCAUUGUUUAAGAUUCAAUGGCAGCAAACCAAUUAAGGCAUUUAAUUCCAUCAGUUUCUUAUUUGUGUAUAAAGAAAACAUCUUCGUAAGUUGCUAACUUGAUUGAUUUUACAAAUAGUAACAGUGUUGAGUUUAUCUCAGUAGCUGUGUGAUUGAAGUUGUUGACCUCCAAUGUCUCGCCGUUCAUUAUUGUUGGUUCGAAUCCUUUCAGGGACAUUGAAAUCUUUCAUGGUGUGGUAGGUAUCCAGGUAGCUUGACAGAGGGUCAGUGGUUCUACUCCGGUACUAGGUAGCGCAUGUAAUGCAUGGAGAGUUACCUGAGUGUUUACUCCACCAGUAAAGCUGGGAAGUUGUCAUAUAUGACCUUAUAUAAUUGUGGUAGAAACAUUUAUGUCAUGUUAGGGUUUUCACAUAGGGUUUAUCAUGUCAUAUCUAUAUCAGGAAAUCACAGAACUUAGUUGUACGUAAAUAUCUAUGACAUUAGGACUUUUCACCGUGUUUAAUCUUGCCAUAUACAAAC